UUCAAAACUCUACGACCGUCGCGUCAGUUCGCCUCUCACGUUGACGAGUUUUACAAGUAGAAGUCCCUCGAAGAAAAAAGGAUCGAAAGUGUGAGCUGAAAUCGCGUUGCAAACGGCCCCCGCAUUUCCAAAAUGGAGAUUGAAUUCAACAAUUUGGACAAUUCCUUCAGGAACCUGAGCUGCGAUCACAAUUACGUGCCCUCUGCGAUAGAGAACAUAGAAAGUUUCAAUGUGUUUGGUAUAGGUUUAUUGAGCUUUGGUACCAUACUCUCCACUUUGACGCUAUACUUUGCCAUGGAUGCUUUCCACAAUAUUUUCUACCAAAAGGAAACAAGAUCCUACAAAACGAACAGUAUCAUGAUCCUCUCAGUGUAUCCUGUAGCAAGUGUCUGCAGUCUUACAGCUCUUGGAAUGCCAAGGACUCAGUUGCUAUCGGAAGCUGUAACUCAAAUCUUCUUAACGAUAGCCCUGUAUCGACUGUAUCUGUUAUUGGUCUACAUAGGACGUAAAAAGGUCACACAGACGCCACCAUUAAUAUUACGAGUUGGUCCCUGUUGCUGCUGGCCCUGUCUGCCCUUUCCAAAUCUUGAAAUGACCGACGCUAAUUUGUCCUGGCUCCGACUACUAGUCCUGCAACUUCCUAUUAUUCAGGGACUGAUUUAUUGCAUAUCUCUCUUUAUGUCGAUCGAAGAGUCUACUCUUAUAACGCAAUAUGGGAUUUAUCUCCAGCCAUUCACAGUGAUCAGCAUAUUUCUGGGAAUAUACGGACUGACUGUUACCAUGAAGAGUCUGCAGGAAGUCGCUCCAGAGGCGAAACUACACCGCAAGACCACAGUAUCCCAGAUGGUCCUGCUAUUUUCAAAGCUACAAGCGUUCAUCGUGAAGAGUCUACCGCAAACAGGCCUAUUUCCUUGCAAUCCACCAAUUACGCCACAAAUUUACGCCAAUGUUACCUACAAUGCCUUGAUGCUAAUCGAGAUGCUGUUGCUCUGCUACGCGGCAAGGUACGUUUAUUACGUCGAUCUGGAAAGGGAGGAAGAAACGACGGCGGUUGAGGCGACAGAUCGGUCCAAAGACAAGAGCAUGGAACAAGCGAACUCGGCGAAUAACAACGAGACCAACAGGCAGCCAUCAGCGUUGACUGCGUGAGAUUUCCUCCUCGAUAUCAGCGACUUUACGAAUUUCGUUUGUGUCAUUUUUACCUACAAACUGAUAUUUCGUUGUUUGUAUUUGUUCAGCCAUUUGUUUAUUAAUUUCGAUUGCUUACUCAUGCCACGUAUAUAUUUGAUAAUUAGAUUCUAUUUGAAACAAAUCGUGAUAAAAUAUUAGUAUAUAUUGUUCGGAAUCUGAAAGUAUAAUUAGGAUUUAUGUAACGUGUGAAUGAGAUUAGAUUUACAAUGAUGAUAGUACCUGCGUGAAUAAGUGACUUGUUACAAAAGAUUAGUAAAUAGCGUAAGAUUCUCUUUUUAUCUAUACACAUCAAUUAUCCUAGAACAGUUAUCAAACUGCGUACUCCAUUUAUUGAUAUAGCGAGUAAUAGGAGCAUAGGCAUUCGACUAUUUAGAUUUGUUUAUGGGCGCUUAAAUUCGAUUGCGCGAAAUGUAUGACGCGUAAUAACCGCGUUCUCGAAACAGGUUCACGAAGAAAUAGUAUAAUUCUCAGAGAGAAAAUUGGUCCGGGCUAGUAAUCCAUCUUACACAACGGCACUUUUGCAAGUUGUAUCGUAAAUACUUGACGUUUCGAGAGUCAUCUACGUUAGAAACCGUAUCAGUCGCUAAAGAAAUAAUACAUUGUAAAAAAGCGGGGAAAAAUUCAUGAUCAAGUUACCAGAAGAAGAGUCCCGAAUCUUGUCCAAAAUUGAAGGAACGUCUUGAGCCGUGCCGCGAUUUCUUCAUCACAGCGCCUUCUUAACGAGGCCUACCGCAGUCUCUACACACACGUAUCGAUGUCUCUACCGCGGAAGAAAUAAGAGCUGUCGGCCAAAAUAUGAGAUCAACCAUACGUCGCCGUGUGCGUGAAUUCAACAACCGUCGCUACGCAUUAUCACGUCCUACGGACGGCUGACAGAUCUCAGGGGAUGCUCGACCAAAUGACUUGCAGCCUGCACACACUUACGAAACGAGGUUGAAGGGUACUCGAGCGCUUUCUGGAGAGAGAAGAAGCACUUCGAUGUUCUAACGCGAUAUUCUCCAAGAAAGAAAUCGUUUAAGAAAAUGUGUGUCGCUCCAUUGAAACGAGACGCUAAGAGAACUUUCUGUGAUACAUAAUUAUCGUCAUGUGGGUAGUCAGCUUAAAAUAAGUGGUCGGGGCCUAUAUUUUUUAGUUUUAAAGCUAUGUAUUCAAAGAAUUCGAAUACAGGUUUCUUAUUAGCCCGAUGAAAGACAAGCAAUCGUUGCACCCCUGCUGACAAACUCCUCUUCUAUGAGAGACAAAACAUGACCGUUCUAGACCUAGACGUUAUAUCAAAGAAUCAAUUUUCAGAAGUGGGCUACGUAGAAUAUUGACACACGUGCAGCUGCAUGAAAUUCCUUCUAAAGAAGCAAAGGACCACGGUAGCUGGAGAGAUAGAACCAUGUUAAGUAAAAAAAUCAACAUUAAGAACUCAGGGUCACGCAUGAUGGGACUUCCUAUUCAGAACGUGCAUGCUGCCAAUGCUUCUCUAUUAUAUAUUCUAGAAAAAGAUGGGAAAAUUUGGAUUUGUAUCCAAUUGCUCAAGGCGACUGAGUGGUUUUGAAUUCCUCACGGUUGAACUUUGCUCUCCUCUUACAAACAGGAAAUAGACUCAUGAAAUCUCUUGUACGAAGAUUUAUCUAUCAAGAAAUUAAAUAUUGAAACAAGGUAUCGUAAUACGCAUGUUUGGACAAUUCUUAGACCUUGGGGAAGAAAUUGCGUUCAACAUACCCAGUUCCAAACAAUUUUCUUCAAAUUAUUGGAACAAAAGAAAAGGGAAACUACGUCUAUCGGAGUUAUGGAUUUAAGACGGAGAGAAACUGGCAGUACGAGAGUGGCGAAACAAAGUUCGAAAUUCGAGGACAUCCUCGAGUCCCAAAGAUCUCUCGAAAGAGACGAUGUCGGGAAGAAUUAUCACCGGCGUGCAUCAGGAAGUGUCCCAUUACAUUCGAAGCGGCACGGCGAUUUUUCUCGUUCUACGUUUUCACCACGGACGAUCGAUUGUCACCAGGGUGGCGCGCCGGCUUUUCGUACUACCAACAGAAAUGUAAAAGGGCCGAAUAUUAAUAUUCCGAUAACGUGUCUGGACAUAUCAGCCGCCUUUGUUUCGUUCCUACUCUCUUCCUUCGUUUCUCCGGCAGAAGAUGAACAUCCUCGAGAUAAGAAAUUCCACGAAGACUUCCCUUCCACUUUAUUAUUCCUCGUCGCGCUCAUAGGUUUUGCCGCGACUGCUUUUACCUGGCUUUGCAACUAUUAUUAUAGGACGUGGCAAGUUUCACGAUGCACCACGUACAAAGUGAAACAAGCCGCGUUUCGCUCGGUGAAUCGUUACAGAGC